AUGGAACAACUAUUCAAAUUAAUAAAUCUAUUAAUACAUCCAGCUUCCACUCAACUUCAACUCAAAAGUAUCGUUGUUCUUAUAGCAACCAUAAAUAAAGCACAAGAACUCGAACUUGUCAAGAAUUUUUAAUUUCAAUAUAAAACAGAGAUGAAUCCAAUCCUGAGUAUAAUAAGUUAUUGCUUCAUCAUAGAUUCUAUUUCAUCCACUUAGCAAGUUCUCAUAAUUUUAUUUUUCUUUAUCGUGCACAUCAUAUUCUUACUCAUGUUCACUUAUUAUUACUUUUUGAGAAACAAAUCAACCUCAUUAUAGCACAUCUUGCAUUCCUUCUUAACUUAUUACGAAUUGCUCUUCUAAAUUCCUAUUCUGUAUUCAGCAUUGAGUUUUAUUUAUGACCAAGAGAUUUGCAAUCUCAGCGACUUCUGUGCUUCGGCAGGCAGAAUAGGAAUGAUAUUGAUAGGCUCACUAAAUAUCAUAUUCGCUUUGAUCUUAAAUUCAAUACACAUUUACUUUGGGAGAUGCGAAAAAUUAAUGGAAGAUAAUUACAUUUUAACAUUGGAUUAUUCUAUAGUUUUUAAUGGCAUAAUGUAAGUGUUAUUGAUAACAUCGAUAAUUCUGAAAUCAAUAGAUAUUUUGCCUCAAUUAAGAUUUGCCUUGUUGCUAAUAAAGAGCUUGACCUAUAUCGUAACUUCGAUAAACAGAAUCAAUCAAUUCGCAUAUAUUUUAGUUGAGUCUAUUGCGAUUUCCGUCAACAUUUCCAUUUCAUUCAAUUUUAGUAUCUACGAAUUAUUCUUAAUAAUCCUUUUUUUGCUGUACUUGUGUAUAUAGAUUCAGAAUCGAGUAGUGAAUUACUAUAUCACUCUUAAGUAACAGCAGAAUUUAGUCACACUUUAAGUUUUAGAAGAAAACAAUGAAAUGAGUGCUGCACCAAAAUCUAAGAUUAUUCUAUCCAUCAUUAAAAAGAAUCAUGUAUGCAAGAAAUGCAAGAAUUUUCAUCAGAUAGUUGAGUGUCUAUUAAGAAGAAUGGCCAAUACUUCAAUCAAUAGUAGCCAACUCUAUGUUUUGCUAUAUUGCUCCUAUGUAGCUAAUCAUGCCCCAUUAAAAGCACUGAUAAGAGUCAUUUUAAUGACAUCUAAUGAUAUCUACUAUAAAAUGGCUUCUCACAAUUUGUAAUAGGAAUUAUAUAAGAGAACUUAACAAUUUUAAAAAGAGGCUCAAGUUAAGAAUUCAAUUAGAAAUGCCAAUGAACAUUUGAAUUCACUAGAUGUUCAAUCAGCAUUUAAUACUUCCCACUCUGCAUCCAUAUUAUUCCCUUUCAUUCUUGAAACUGUGAAUAGCAAAAUCAAUUUUUGGAAUAAACUGAUCAAUGGGUAUAAUGAUAUUGAUCAUUGUCUUCACGAAGCAUUAAAAACAACCUCAAAAAUGUUGAGAUGCAAAAAGGAAUUUGAGGAUAGAUUCGAUAUGACCAAUAAUAAGUUGAAAGGAUCUUAAUCUCAAGACAUUUUAUCAAUGAGAAUCAUACAAAUCUAUUAGACUGGAAUUUAUUCGAACUCUUUCUAGGCUUUUUAAUUAGAAAAAGCAAUUGACGAUUUGCUAAAGAGCGAAAGAUAUAAAUAAGAUGAAUCUUUGGAUAAUAUUCAAUUAAUACAAAAUAGAUUGAUAAUCUUAAAAUCUAGUCUAGUGCGCAAAAGAGGAGAACUAAUUAAUACCAAUAGUAAAUAGUUAUCAUAGUUUUUGUGUGAUUCCGAGGACAAUGUUAAAUUAAUCAAACACUGCAAUUAGUUGAUGCCUGUCUUCUUAUCUGGAAUCCAUGAUUAGUUAAUGGAUAAUUAUUUAUAAAAUGGACAUUCCAAAUUAAUGGUGCAUGGGGAGUCAACAUUCUUUUAAAAUUUAUAAGGAUACAUAGAACCUUGUAAUAUCAAUUUGUAUAAUUAUUUCGAUUCAAAUAAGAAUGACUUUUUAUUAAAUAUGAUUCUAACCAAAGAGUAAUCAAAUAAUGAAACUAUUUUGUUUGGAAUAGAUGGUAAAAUUCUUGGAUUCACUAAGUAAUUUUAUGACGAGGCUUUGAGAUCUAAAACAAAAAUUGAAAGUUCUCAUAUGUCUAAAAGAUCUGAAACAACAGCUUAAUAAAUAGAAAUCAAAGAGUUAUUAUUAAGAUACCCAUUAAUUUAAUACUACAUACCAUCCAUUACUUAAUAGGUAGAGGAGCUAAGACUCUAAAUUAACUCAUCUUCUAAUUAUCUGAUGAAUAACUUAAGAUCUUACUGGAUUAUUCCAUCAAAUCAUAAUGACUGCCUUUUAAAUUCCAAUUUAAUAUUGUCAUAAUUUAAGAGAAGAAGUAAUGGUACUCAAACUCAAGGCAAUCAGAGAUCUUAUAAAUCUUUAACCUAUUCAAGAUAUUCUUAGAAUUCUGUGAAUACUAAUAUGGACAUUUAUGACGAUUAAGAGAUUCCUUAAGAAAUCAGAAAGUAGAUUCUCAUUGAUAAUACACCAAUCAUGAUUUUACAUCCAGAAGUCUAAGAAUCUGUAAAAAAGCUAGUUGAAUUUGAUACUUAAUCAUAAUAUAUGCAAUUAGGCUUGUUUUACAGUUUGUCAUUUAAGGUUCUAAAAUAUAAGAAAGGAACGUAUGCUUAUUUUAUGAUUUCUAUUAAAGAAAUGAAGCACUUGUAAUUGCAAAAUUCUAAUCAGCAUUUCACUACUGUUCCAUCCCAAACAACUCAACAAUAGAGCUUAUAUCCAACUUAGGAUUUGAAUAAUAGUGAUUUAUUCUUAAGAAAUGAGAAUGCGGAAAUACCUGAAUCCUAAAAUGGGAUGAUCUUAGAAAUUAAAAUGAUGAAUCAAUUGAAGGCUGUAAAAUAGUAUGAUAACGACGAUUUGAGUAAUAACCUUUUAGAUAAUUCGAAAUCCUUAGAAAUGAGUUUAAAAGUUAAAUAAUCUGAAAGAUCCAAUAUAUUUGAUUCCAACAGAUAAAUGAUUUUCUAAUAACCAUUGUACAUUAAACCCAGACUCUUAGAUAAAUAAUGCAAUUAAGAGUUCGAGCAAAUGGAAAAUGAAAUGCAAGGAUUAAAGGAAAGACAAUUAGAACUAUUAGAUGAAAAUGAAUAAGAAAUAGUCAAUGAAAAAUUUGAAUCGAAUAGUUAAACAUUAAAAAAGAAUUCGAUUUUGGGUAAGCUAAGAAUAGCUUAAUUACAAAAGAAGGAGAAUGCUAUGGAUUUUGCAUCGAAUCCCUCAAGAACUUCUACAAAUUCAACAUCCAAGGAGUCCUUAUUAAUAGUUUAAUAACUGUAUUAUAACACCUAACUUAUAACUCCUCUCAAAAAAAUAGGUUUUCUUCUAUCAAUGAUAUCUUUGGCUAUCUUGGCUGUCGAUAUAAUUAAUGUUUAAUUGAUAUCAUCUAACCUUAUUUCUUAAACAGAAUAGGUUAAAAAUCUGAGAUAACCCCAAGAUAUUAAUUACUUUUACUCUUCUGCAAUGUACCAGGAAUGGAUUCAAUAUGUAUAAAGCCUAAAAUUAAUCUCAUUAAGUCCUUUUAUGAGUGAUAGAAAUACUGAUGUAUUGGCUUCAAUGUAUGAUUUCGCUAGAGCGUAAAUGAUUGAUUUAGCAAUAUAAGUACCUAAAUAAGCCUAGAACUUGAAUAUCAAUACAGUUUUCAACUUUAAGUAUAUCGAAAAUGGAGUUAUCAAAUAUCAAGACCUUCCUCUUUAGGAUUUUUAUCAAGUAAUUUAUUAGACAGCUGAAACUUCAUAUAGAAACAAUUUGGGAAACGAAUCUUUCAUAUACCCAGAUAUGCUAACAACAGGUAUAAUAAGAGUGAACUUAUGGCAAAUCAUAGAUCUGCAUAAUCAACUAAUUUAGAUUAUCAUGUAGAAUACUAUUGAUACUUAAUCUUCAGUGAGAUCGUACUUCUUGACAGUUAUGAUGGUUUAGUUAUUUUCUGUAAUGUUAUUUAUUGGACUCUAAUUGAAAUAUUGGCUAUUUAUUGAUCACAUUACUAAAUCGAUAUUAUUUUUAGUAUCUCGCAUAAAUGAAAAUUAAUCAAUUGAUUAAAUUAAUCGUCUCACUCUGAUAAAAGAGCAGUUGGAAAAUGAGAGUACAAAUAAAUGGAAACUGUUUAAUUUUGGAGAAGUCAUGUUUGAAUAUUCGGAUAAAAAAUAGAAAAAAGUAGAAUUAAAGUAGGCUAUUUCGAUUCAAUCUACUUAAAAUAGUUACCGAGCCACUAGUGCUUUAUAUUCUAGAAUAUAGAAAACAUAUUAUUUGAAUAGAACAAAUGUUAUAAUAACAUUUUUAUUAGCUAUAACAUGGUCAGCUUUUUUAAUGGCUGGAUAUCUUAUCCAUAUGUCAUAUAAUGAUAAUUUCUAACCCUCUUUAACUGUUACAUUAAAAUUUGUGUAAUUUAGACACAACAUGGAUUCAUUGGCUUUAAUUGCAGGUCUCACAAAAACUGAACCUCUAAUCCCGAAUUAUAAUCUUAGUUAUAUCAAUUAAACUUUAUCAACAUCUUUGUUAGUAGAUUAUAAGGAUAAUUUAUUACCCUUGAUUAAUGAAAUCGCUGAUGUUAUCUUGAAAAAUGCUAACGAAAACAAUCAGAAGAGUAUUUUCGAUGGAGUUUUGAAUUAUGAUCUAUGUCUAUCGACUACGUUAGAUAAUCUACCAGUUUGUGACUUAUCAAAACAGUCCUUAGCUUAUGAUAAGAAAGAUAUAUAUUUAGACAUCAUUGUGAAUGGUGCUCUGGGAUUUACUGCAGCGUUCGUUAAGUUUAUCAAUUAAGAAUACGAUUACGAAAUAAAUAACUUAAAAUAUAGUCCAAAUAUAGAGGAGUGUAGGAUCACUGCACAAUCUUAAUAAUUUUAGAAUUUUGUCUUACAAUAUUUUACUGACAUCCAAACUGCAAUGAGAUAAUUCUUGAUUUUGUUUUAAUAAGACAAUUCCAAUAUCAGUUCAAGUAUCAUCAGUGUGAUACAAGUGUAUUACUAUGGAUUUGGGAUUAGUCUAUUCGCCAUAUAUUGUACCUUGAGUUUUAUAUGGAUCUAUAAAUAACAAUUAACCAUCCAGUCAUUACGAUAGAUUCUGGUGCUUAUUCCUGUGGAUCUGAUUCUAACUGCAAAUAUUAGAAGUCAGGCAAAGGAAAUUCAUUAAAUGUUGUACUGA